CUCUCUCUCUCUCUCUCUCUCUCUCUCUUUUUCUGGAGAGAGAUAGAGAAUCGGUCUUCGGUCGCCGCCGACGAAUCUUCCUCUUCUGUUCCUCAGAAAGAUCAACCGCUCGUCUCCUAUUUCCUUCCCUUUUUUCGGAUUUCUCGGUGUCUGAUUCUCCAUUUCCUUCGAUCUCGCAUCUCUAGAUUCCUUAUUUUUCUUUGUCCCUUUUCGCUUUUCUCGGAAAGCCUUUCGGAAGCGAAGUCCUCGGCGAUGAGUUCGAAUACGGCGUCUUCCAGCGCGGGGGCUGCCGGAUCGACUGAUUCCUCCGCCGCCCGCAGGAAUUCGAAGCGACCCAAGUAUUCAAGGUUUACACAGCAGGAGCUUCCAGCUUGCAAGCCGAUUCUCACGCCCUGCUGGGUGAUUUCGACCUUUUUGAUCGUUAGUGUUAUCUUCAUUCCCCUUGGGGUCAUUUCUCUUUUCGCUUCCCAGGAUGUCGUUGAGAUUGUUGAUAGGUACGACAAUGAUUGCAUACCUGUUCCCGCUAGAGCUAACAAGGUUGCAUACAUUCAAGGAACUGGUGAUAAAACUUGUAACCGAACACUAAGAGUGCCGAAGCGUAUGAAGCAGCCUGUCUAUGUUUAUUACCAGCUCGAGAACUUCUACCAGAAUCACCGCAGGUACGUGAAAAGCCGAAGUGAUUCACAGUUGAGAAGUCAAAAAUAUGAGAAUCAGGUAGACGCAUGCAAGCCCGAGGAUGAUGUUGGAGGGCAGCCAAUCGUGCCAUGUGGUCUAAUUGCCUGGAGUCUUUUCAACGACACGUACGAUUUAUCAAGAAACAACCAACGUAUAGCUGUAAACAAGAAAGGUAUCGCGUGGAAGAGCGAUAGGGAACACAAGUUUGGGAAAAAUGUAUUCCCCAAGAACUUUCAGAAGGGAAAUCUGACGGGUGGAGCGAGCCUUGAUCCAAACAUACCGCUGAGUGAGCAAGAGGACCUCAUCGUGUGGAUGAGAACUGCCGCAUUACCGACAUUUAGGAAGCUGUACGGUAAGAUAGAGACCGACCUUGAGGCCGGUGACACGAUCCAUGUCACAUUGCAAAACUUUUACAACACGUACAGUUUCAACGGGAAGAAGAAGCUUGUUUUGUCGACGACCAGUUGGCUCGGUGGUAAGAACGAUUUCCUCGGCAUUGCUUACCUUGCAGUCGGCGGAAUCUGCUUCUUCUUGGCCAUCGCAUUCACCAUCAUGUAUCUCGUCAAACCCAGGCGUCUGGGAGAUCCGUCGUACUUGUCGUGGAACAGAAACCCUGGCGGUCGGUAAUGAACUCAACAAAGAGACAAUCUACACCCUUCCCAAAAGCUUCAUGUACUUUUUUUGUGUAUAAAUAUUUCGAAAACGUUUUUUUUUCCUCGCAAAUAUAUUUUCUCCGACUCUGUGCUUUUCAUUUUUUUUUGUCUCUUAAUGCGUGUUGUAUGGAGUGGUAAAAUGCAUUUCUAUACUGAAUUUGAUUAGAUCAGUUUCCUUUUA